GGGAGGGAGGGCAGCACUACAAUUCCCAGAAUUCCAUGCGGCGAGUUUUCCCCCCCCGUCGCUAAUCGCGUCGUGUUGAGGCUGAGGAUGGCUGUGUGAGUCAGAGGAUUAAUCAGGAGCUUUAGUGCCCGUGUCGGAGCUGCGUGAGUUCUGGUUCUUCAUCCCGGAAGCGGAGAUGAAAAUGGAUUUAACCGCCAUGAUCGAGGCGCUGGAGACGCGCGAGCAGGAAGCGGCGGUGCGCGCGCUGCACAUCUACAAUAAAGAGAAGAAUCAGUGUUUCACCUUUCCCUCAGAGGAGCAGGAGGAUCGGGAGCGUCUGGGAGAGCUUCUCCUGUCCUUUCUGGACCGUGACGUCCAGCCAUCCUGUAAGCUGGCAUGUUUGGAGACGAUCCGCAUCCUGUCGCGUGAUAAAAGCAGCCUGGCUCCGUUCUCCAGCCGCCGUGCCAUGCACACACUUGCGCGUCACGCUGCGUUAGCACCUGGAGAGGGACUCGGGCCACAAGUCGCCGACCUGGAUGUGAUCGUGGAGGCGCUGAAGUGUCUCUGCAAUGUCAUACUGAACAGCGUCGAGGCACAGGAAGCCGCUGCCCAUUUGGGUCUCAUGGUGGGCGUGGCCGAGCGUCUGAAACAGUGCCGUGAGUCUCAGUGGAGCUCGGAUGUGCGCUUCUUUGACCUGCGGCUGGCAUUCCUGCUCACGGCGCUGCGUGUGGAUGUCAGGGCUCAGUUGGCCCGGGAGCUCAGGGGCGCUCGGAUUCUGGCUGACGCCCUCGAUGCCACGCUCGGCCUGCAGUGGACCGAUGCCUACGAGGUUUCCCGCUCUGAAGCGGAGGGACCAAGCGACCUCCCACCGCUCGGGAGGAGCGAGACGGAGCGAGCCAUGGAGAUCCUGAAGAUCCUCUUCAACAUCACGUACGAUACAGGACGCCGCAAAGUGGAUGAGGAGGAGGCAGCGACGUACAGACACCUGGGAGCCAUCCUGAGACACUGUUUAAUGAGUACAGCAGAGGGAGAGGAACGCACCGACGAGUUCCACAGUCACACAGUGAACCUGUUAGGGAAUCUCCCCCUGCUGUGUUUGGACGUGUUGUUGAUGCCCAAAGUGCAGCUCGGCUCCAUUGAGUACAUGGGCGUGAACAUGGACGCAGUGAACAAACUGCUGGAGUUCAUGGAGAAAAGACUGGACAGAGGGAAUAAACUGAAGGAGACGUUGUUGCCGUGUCUCAACCUGCUGACAGAAAGCGCUCGUGUCCACCGGGAGACGCGCAAAUUCCUACGAAUGAAGGUUCUCCCCCCGCUGCGUGAUGUGAAGAAUAAGCCCGAAGUGGGAAACGCUCUGAGGAAUAAACUGGUGCGUCUGAUGACUCACAUUGACACAGAUGUGAAGACCUGCGCUGCUGAGUUCCUCUUUGUGUUGUGUAAAGAGAGCGUGUCCCGCUUCAUUAAGUACACAGGUUACGGGAACGCUGCAGGCCUGCUGGCAGCUCGAGGUCUGAUGCGGGGCGGCUGGGAGCCGGGACAUUACUCUGAGGAUGAGGACAGUGACACGGAGGAGUACAGGGAGGCCAAGCCCCACAUUAAUCCUGUGACGGGUCGAGUGGAAGAAGAGCAGCCGAACCCGAUGGAGGGAAUGACGGAAGAGCAGAAGGAGGAUGAGGCCAUGAAGCUCAUCAGCAUGUUCGACAAGCUCUCCAGGGAUCAUGUGAUUCAGCCCAUGAAGCUCGGCCCGGACGGAAAAAUGACCAGACUGGAGCCACACGAGCUGCACUGCCUCACACAGCAGCCGUUUACUGAGCACCAGAGGAACGACGAGGACGAGGAGGAAGAGAACUCUGACUGAACAGACUCGGAGAGACUGGGGUGGGAGGGGAAGGAAACGGACUCGGCGAGGUUUUAAAGAAGAACUAAGCUCGAGAUCCUCAUGAGGACCUUGACAUUAACACUGCUCUGCUAAUUAAUGCUGAGCUCCACCUAAAUCUAACACUCACCUUUCAGCUCAUUUCAUACGCGUAGUUUUUUGUAACAGCAAAGUUUUCCUCUUGAUCAGUCAGACGUCCCCACAGCGUCAAAACUCAGUGAGGGAACAUUUGGUCCUCACCAAAACACACACACACCUCGCUGCUCUGAGACUGAAACUGAGCACGAAAGACCUUCUGUAAUAUAGCGAGAGAGGAAAAGACAUCAAUAUGAAAUAAAUCUCUGUUCAGUUUGUUUCCUUCGUCCUGAUCUCGUAGAGCUUGGACCUGAAAGCAGCAGCAGGAAACUUCAGCACGACUCGUCUGAUUAUUAUCUAAUGUCUGAUCUCAAAGGGUCACUUCUGCUUUCUCUGGAUAAUUCACUCCGUAAAGCUGAAGAUUGGUGUAACAGUGACGUGUGUGUGUUCUUUCUGUGGUUUAUUUUAUGAUGGCUUCUUGUCAACAUGAAUAAAGAAAAGCUGAACAUUUUCUUCUAUUUCUCUGGCGAUGAAUGAGGCGACACUGACAUGGGGCAUGAAGAGUGCAGGACCCCCCACACACACACACACACACACCCGGUUACCUGGUCAGAACAAUCUGAAACGAAGAUCAGUAAUAAAAUAAAGCUUGUUGAAGGUGUGUGCGCCCUUCAGGUUUCGACGUUCAAGUCAGGAUUCUUUUAUUUUACUUCUCAAAGUAGUUUCUGAAAAUAACAAAGCUAUUAAAUAUACUGUGUAGUUGUACUCUUCCACAAUAAA